AUGUCAUACUAUUUCACAAUCCUCUCGCCAACCGACGUACCGCUCUUUAGCCUCACGUUUGGAACAUCAAAGGCCGGCGGUGAUGGCAUCGCGCGUUUCCGGUUUCCAGAGUCGGCGCAGUAUAUGAAUCAAUUCGUCGUCCAUGCCAGCUUGGACAUUGUCGAAGAGGCACAAUGGACGAAUGGAUCUCUCUACCUCAAACACAUCGAUACCUACCCACCCACAGCAUCCCACGUAUCCGCCUUUCUCACCCCCUCCGGCGCUCGCUUCAUACUCCUCCACCAACCCCCACAACUUCCUUCAUCAUCUGGCGGCGGCGGUGCCGGCGGCGUGGCCGGAUCGACUGCAUCUCUUGCCGCGGGUCUGGGCACAGCAGCAACGUCAAGGGCAUCCUCGAGUUCUAUUGCAGCCAACCCAACCUCGCCGCAGACCGAAGAAGCUAUACGGCAGUUUAUGAAUGAGGUGUAUGAGAACUGGGUCAAGACGGUGAUGAGUCCGUUUUAUAGACAGGGGAUGCAGGUUACAAGUUCAGUGUUUAGAUCUAGAGUUACGGCGGCGGGGAGGAAGUGGCUGUGA